UAAUAAAGAUAGGGACAUACUUAUUGAGUUUCUAAUAUUAUUUAAAAUUAUUAAGGACACUAAUAAACGUUAAAUUAACAUCAAAAGGUGGAUUAUCAUAUAAACGAGAAAAGUUGACCUUGAACCUGUAGUAUAUAACAUCCAAGUGUUGUUUACGGACGAGUGUACAGUGUGUGAAAGAUACUUACCAUAACAUGUGUUACCUGUUGUAGUCCAAGAGUCUAUACUUAUAUAAAAAUGUCACAUAGACUUAAUUUACCAAGAACUUUACACAGAUAUUGCUGUUUUAUGUCCAGAAAUAUAUCAAGACAGUUUGGUGGGUCGUCUGCCUUCAGUACCUGGUUAUCAUAUAAUUGUACUAGUCUCACAUUUACGGAUAAUGUCAGAAGACAAAAGGCACAUCAGCCUUUGUGUAUUCAUCCACCAGUAAUUAGCUGUGGGAGAAGACUAAAGCACAGAUACUCUCGCGGUGGUGAUGGUGGGGGUAAAGAUGAAAUAUCACAUCUCUUCAUUCCAGUGCCAGUCAAGGCGAGGCAGGAUGAAAUUAAUGUGGGCGAGGAGAUGGCUGGACCACUAAAGAAAGAGGACAUCUUACGUGUCCUGAACCGUUUCUAUACCAAUGAAGAUAUUAAGGAAUUAGCUAAAGAAAAUGGAUUAGACAAUUACCUGUAUCAACAGACCUUCAUAAGUUUCCGAAAGUUCUGCCUUGACUCAGAAUCGUUGCCAGUUGAUCUCCACAUUAUCAUUAGUGAUAUAAUUCAAGGUGCAGGCCAUAUCCACGACAUAUACACAAGUUUUAUGAAGCAUGCCCAGAAGAUAUUCCCACACUUAAUCUGUAUGGAUGAUCUUUAUAAGAUAUCAGAUUUAUCAAAUCCUCCAAACUGGUAUUCUGAGGCACGAGCAUUGAACCGCAAGAUAAUAUUUCAUGCAGGACCUACCAAUAGUGGGAAGACGUAUCAUGCAUUGGAACAGUUUCUGAAUGCUGAGUCUGGGAUAUAUUGUGGACCCUUGAAGCUGUUAGCUACUGAAGUCUUUAAUAAAAGUAACAGCAGGGGUACACCCUGUGACUUGGUGACUGGAGAAGAAAGAAGGUUUGGCAACACUGAUGGCUCGGCAGCAAGACAUGUAGCGUGUACUGUUGAAAUGGCAUCUGUGAAUAACGCUUAUGAUGUUGCUAUAAUUGAUGAAAUUCAGAUGAUACGUGAUCCAAUGCGCGGCUGGGCUUGGACUCGAGCAUUGCUAGGUCUCUGUGCGAAGGAGGUUCACAUCUGUGGGGAAGCUUCAGCUAUUGGUCUAGUAAAUGAACUUGCAGUUGCAAUUGGAGAAGAAGUAGAGAUUAGAAGAUACAAAAGGUUGACAGAUCUAACUGUCGAGAAUUAUGCUCUGCAAACCUUUGACAAUGUUCACCCAGGGGACUGCAUUGUUUGUUUUAGUAAGAGAGACAUUCACCACGUCUCACGUGAAAUAGAACGGAGGGGCCAUGAAGUUGCUGUCAUUUAUGGAGGCCUCCCUCCAGGCACCAAACUUGCUCAAGCUUUUAAAUUCAAUGAUCCCAGUCAUCCUUGCAAGAUCCUUGUUGCUACAGAUGCUAUUGGCAUGGGCCUCAACCUGAGUAUUCGUCGCAUCAUCUUCUAUUCUCUCAUACGACCAAAUAUUAAUGAGAAGGGAGAAAAGGAGAUGGAAACCAUCAGUGUAUCUUCAGCAUUACAAAUUGCCGGAAGAGCUGGUCGCUAUGGCACACAAUGGGAUCACGGCUAUGUAACUACCAUGAAGUCCGAAGAUCAUUCAACUUUAAGUCGACUUCUGUCACAUGUGCCGGAGGAGAUUGAACAGGCAGGGCUCCACCCGACAGCUGACCAAAUAGAAUUGUUUGCUUUUCAUCUGCCUAAUUAUACUCUCUCCAACCUCAUUGAUGUUUUUGUGAAUCUAUGCACUGUGGAUUCGUCACUAUACUUCAUGUGCCUGAUGGAUGAUUUCAAGUUCCUUGCUGAUUUGAUUCAACACAUCCCUCUCCCACUACGGUCUCGUUAUGUCUUCUGCUGUUCCCCAAUCAAUAAGAAAAUGCCUUUUGUGUGUGCAAUGUUUCUAAAGUUUGCUCGCCAGUAUUCUCAAAAUGAGCCGGCCACGUUAGAUUGGUUGUGUCAUCAAGUCAAGUGGCCCUUUUCAACUCCAAGCACUCUUUUAGAUUUGGUACACCUAGAGGAAGUUUACGAUGUCUUCGAUCUUUACCUCUGGUUAAGUUAUCGUUUUCCUGACAUGUUUCCUGAAGGAGAGUUAGUAAGAGACCUACAGACUGAACUGGAUGGAAUGAUUGAUGAUGGGGUUACACAGAUUGUCAGACUUCUCCGUAACGGGGACACUCGUAUCUCAAACACUGCAGCAGACACAGAGGACACGUUCAUCAUGGAUCAACGGAAGAAGAACAAAUUUAGAGAUCGCACAUUCUCUUUGGGAAACUCAGAACAUCUACGCCAAGGUCCAGAAACUCAAAAGUUAACACUUUCUGGUAGACCCAGCAAAAGAGCUCUUACUCGUGGCAGUUUGACAGAGCGGCUCUUAGCACAGGGUCUUCUGUCACCAAAGAUGCUGGCUGAACUACAGCGGGAAUGGCAGCAGCAGAACAAUGAUGAUGACAAUGACAAUCCACCUACUAAACCAAAGAGAAACAAACCAAAUAGACGAUAAAAGUUAUGUUCUUGUAUAGUAAAGGUCACAGUGAAGUGUCAGUAAAGUGAAGGAACACCGCUGUUUAUAAUUUAUGAAAAAAAAUUAUGCAAUGGCUUUGCUGUUCAUAUGUUCAUAAAAAAGUUUAAAAAUGAAUUAGAGCUCACAUUUAUAUCAUUGUUAUAUACAGUGUUGUAUUAUACAGUUGAGGGUCCCUGACUUACUAAUGCCCACCGAUAGGAAUGUGGUUAAACUUGAAAACAGUAUUUUAUUUACCUGAAGUCUUAUUUUUUUACUUUCAUUUACUUUAUUUUGUCAUUCUAUUUCUUCAUUUGUCUUAAAUUAAGUGAUUUUAGAUGUAUAUAAGGACUUAGGCUAUGAUAUAGUGGGAUUUUAAACAUUGUUCUGUAAGUACGGUAAACACAUACAGUAGCAUGUGUUUCGACUUACGUGCAAAUCCAACUUAAGAACUUCCUCGGGAACGGAACCUGUUCGUAACUCGGGGACCCCCUGUAUGGAUUUACAGGCAGUCCCCGAGUUACGACCGUCCGACUUACGAUCAUCCGCACUUGUGAACGGGAUCCCAAUGCAUUCAUCGGAAUUUUUUUAAAUUAAAAUCCCAUUUUUUUACAUUAUUUUAAUUAAUUUAUAUUGUUUAACAUCACUCAAUUUACAAGGUAUAGUAUUUUCAUUAUUUGUUAUAUAUGGGAUAUUCUUGUUGUUUUGUAUGGGCAGGGUUGUGCUUUAACUUAACCUAAACUAUGGAAUUAACACUGUUCUGACUUAACAACAAAUCAAUUUACGGUCAGGGUCCAGGAACAUAUCCCUGUUGUAAGUCGGGGAGAGCCUGUAUACUUGUAUAUAUACUGUACUGUAUUAAAUAAAUUUUAUAAAAUA